UCUUUGGUUCUUCGUUCCGUAUGUUUGCCAAGUGCCAAGACUGCCAAGCGCUUUUAGCUCGUUUUUCUACCUUUGGAAACAUCGAAGGUGGUUUGAAAGAGGCGAUUAAAGAUCAUUUUAGCGUGUCUUUAGGGUUCUAUGACUCGAGACCGAACGACUGAACUCUCGUUUCGAGAAAGAGAGACGGUAAUCGUGGUCAACCGUAAUAAGCGACUUUCGAUCUAAUUUUAGAUAAGUUUUCCACGGUUUAAUUCGUAAAUAAACGUAUUCCAGUGCUUCGCAAGAACUUUUCCGCGUUCGAGACUUUUCACGGUUAUGUCCGCCAAGUGUGCUGUGUUUAGGUAGAGUCGGGAAAAUCUCGUCGUGUUUUGUUUCGUGUGUGCGUCAUUUUGACGCGAGUUUUCAGAGUGAUUUUCGAUGACAUGACAUUUUAACAUAGAAAAAAUGGCCUCAACGUCAAAUUUCGAGGCAAAAGUUCUCAUGUCCAAGGGAAAAAGGGCGACGGCGGCCUACGUCCGCGCUGACUGUGCGGCCAAACGCAAUCCCGAACACCUCAAAGAAGUCCUGGACAAUCUCCUGAAUCCGGCCAAACGAAUCGACGAAUGGGAGACGAUAGAUUGGUGCAAGUGGCUUAUGGCUGGGGGGCGAACUCCCGACGAAUUCGCCAGCACAGUACGAGCCUACGACAACGCCACGACCUGCGGCUUGGUAUGGACGCCCAAUUUCGUAGCGUACCGGUGCCGCACCUGCGGCAUAUCGCCCUGUAUGUCCCUCUGUACCGAGUGUUUCAAAAAGGGGAACCACCACCGGCACGACUUCAACAUGUUCCUGUCACAGGCGGGAGGCGCUUGCGAUUGCGGCGACACAUCUGUCAUGAAAGAAACGGGGUUUUGCGAUAGACACGGGCCAAACAAAACCUCCAGCAAAGGCAACGCCCCAAGCGAUCUCAUGUGCGUGGCAGAGGCCAUGAUGCCCCGUAUCAUUCUGAGGCUCAUCCAACAUCUGAGAGAAAACAGCAAAGAGAAUUCGCCAGACAUGCACAAGGGCGCCAUUCAGCAAGCCGAUUCCUUCAUCAGCAUGCUGUUGGACUUCAACAACAUGGGAGGCUUGAUGAGGAGGGUCAUGACCACAGCUCUAACCAAUCCAACCAAAUACAAGAGUUUGAAUGAGAUUCCGGAUAGUAUAGAAACUGAAUAUGCCCAGUAUUUUUUGGAACUGAAAAGGAUAUACGAGGAGGCGCUGAAGUCGCUGCCCAAUCCCGAGCCCUGCGAAGAGCUGAAAGACUGUGCGCCAUUGCAAGAAAAUCUGGUGCAUAAAACCUUUUUGGAGGAGCUAGUGUUUUGGACUGUCAAGUUCGAAUUUCCCCAAAAGGUGGUGUGUCUGCUACUUAACAUGUUGCCGGAUCAGGACUACAAGGAAGCAUUGACGCGCGCGUUCGUGCUGCACUACAGCCGAAUCAGCAUCAUGCUCGAGAAUAGUGCCGAUCCCGACACGUUAAGUAACAGGGUGGUGCACGUCAGCGUCCAACUGUUCAGCAACGAGAGCCUGGCGCUGCGCAUGACCGAGCAGCUCAACCUCUUGCACGUCAUGGUGGUCAGCUUGAAGAGCAUGAUGAGCAAGAUACUCAUACAGAACACCCUGCACUAUGCCAACGAGAACUGUCACUACGUGGUGGACUGCGCCAAACCUGUCAUGAAGGACCACUGCUAUUGGCCUCUGGUGUCGGACCUCAACAACGUGCUCUCUCACAGGCCCGUGGCCUUGAAAUUCAUGGCCGACGACACGCUGUUGCAGAUGUGGUUUGCCUUUUUAGCCAUGUUUCAAGGUAUGAACGUGAACCAAAGAGAACUGAACGAACACAUCGAAUUCGAACCGAACACGUACUACGCAGCUUUUAGCGCUGAGCUGGAGGCUAGUGCUUACCCCAUGUGGGCAUUAGUUACGCACCUCACCGAUGAAAGUACCGCGCCGCUCACUAGGCGAGUGCUUAGCGCGUGCUUGAGAGAAUGGUACGAAUGGUUGGACGUCACGAACUAUAGAGGACCCAUAGUGGAGGAUAGUAUGCAGGUUUCGUUUCACCUGCCAUUGCACAGAUAUUUGGCUGUAUUCCUGUGUCAAGGUGUGGCUAAACAAGGCAUUAGAGUCGAGGAAGUGUUACCUUCGUCAGACCCUAUACUGACCUUGCUGAUUAUGCACCCUCUUAGAGUACAGGUGAGUUUUUUUUUGAAAAUUUUGAUCGUCGCUUCUCUAUGA